CUUAGCAAAGGGCGGAUCAAUUUAUAGUCAAAAUAAAAAUUCCUUAGAAAAACAAACAAAAUAUAUUGGCGGUUUAUAAAGUCGGCUUGUCAUUGAGAAAAAAGAGCAGGGAGGGAAGGAGAAGGGCUUGAGAGAGGCGUAACCCAAAAACGCGAGCGAAAAAGGAAAAGGAAAAAGAAACGGAAGAUGUCGGGCAUGGGAGAUGGGUAUGUGGGCACGGCCCAAGAUGCAGUGAGGAUCCGACGUCUGGAGAAGCAGAGAGAAGCCGAGCGCCGCAAAAUCCAAGAGCUUAAAACCAAGUCCGCCUCCGCUAAGGACCAACCUGGUCUCCUCCAAUUCGGCUCAAGUACUUCCGAGAUUCUUGAGACUGCAUUCAAGAAAGAAACUGUUGGUUUGGUUACAAGAGAGCAAUAUGUCGAGAAGAGAGUUAAUAUCCGAAACAAAAUCGAAGAGGAAGAGAAGGAGAAACUACAGAAGCUUCAACAAGAGGAGGAAGAGCUUCAGUUGCAAAAGCGUAGAAAGAGGAAGGUUAAGGGGAAUCCUCGACUAUCUUUUGCGAAUGAUCUGGAGAAUGGAAGUGAAGAGGAAGAUGCCGAAAACACUUCCAUUAUGCUUUGUGCAGAAAGUUCAGAAACAAAGAGGUUUACUCGUGGAAAAUUUGGCAAAGAUCCCACAGUAGAAACCAGCUUUCUGCCUGAUAGUGAACGGGAGGCAGAGGAGCAAGCUGAGCGUGAAAGGCUGCGGAAACAAUGGAUUCGUGAACAGGAGCAAAUUAAGAGUGAGCCCCUUGAAAUUACCUACAGCUACUGGGAUGGAGCAGGCCAUAGACGGGUGAUCCAGGUACGUAAGGGUGACACUAUAGGAGAAUUCCUUAGAGCAGUUCAGCAGCAACUUGCCCCAGAGUUUAGAGAGAUUCGAACAACUUCAGUGGAAAACCUGCUUUAUGUGAAAGAAGAUCUUAUCAUUCCUCACUUUGUGAAAUUUCAGCAACAUAGCUUCUACGAGCUGAUUAUUAAUAAGGCGAGGGGCAAAAGUGGACCGCUUUUCCAUUUUGAUGUGCAUGAAGAUGUUCGAACUAUAGCUGAUGCUACAAUUGAGAAGGAUGAGUCUCAUGCAGGUAAAGUAGUCGAGAGGCAUUGGUAUGAAAAGAACAAGCACAUCUUCCCUGCUUCAAGAUGGGAGAUAUAUGACCCAACAAAGAAAUGGGAGCGCUACACCAUACACGGAGAUUGAUUAGUCGUAGCCUCAUGGGAGGACUGAUUGUAUACAUUUUCAAUGGAUUAUCUGUAGCCUUAUUCGGAGCUUCAUUUUGUAUCUGAGAUUGUUUUAUUGGAUUUAGAUCUAAAAGUUGAUAAUGCAAUGACGUGCUGUGGUCUGAAUACUGCACAUUUCAGUA